GCGAUUGCCAUGUGGGAGCAUGGUGGGAGCAGGAUAUCGAAAUGAGUGAUGUUUGUGCUCUGUGGACUGAAUAAAUUUUCAGGUGUAAUUAUUUAAUUCAAGCCCUUUGUGAUUUUUCCUUGCCAUUAAAAUUUACCUCUGUGUCAAUUUGUCCGUUUUCCUCUUUUUUAAUCACGAUGAGUUCAUCCUCAGACGAAAGCAUAGAUGAAAAUAAAGUGAUAGCACAAUCGGUACCAAAAGGACGACCCAAACAGUGGCCUUAUGUCUUCAAAACUUGGAAACCUCAUGAUAAAAAGCUUAUAAUUCCUUUUCACUGUCGUAAGAACAAGCCCAAGUACACUGCAGAAGAAAGGCAAAGGAUCAAGGAUGAGAAGAAGCGCACAAUAGAAAACCAGAAAAAACUGCAGGAAAAAUUACUUAAAGCAAACAAGAAGGGAACAAUACAGAGGAAAGAAAGAAGAAGAGAACGAUUUGAAAAAAGAGAAAUCCGAAAGAAAGAGGUGGAAAAAGAAGAAAAACUUCAAAAGAUAAAACGCAAAUAUGAAGAGAAAAAAAUAGACCCAAAGAGAGUGAUCAAGUUUGUUAAUAAGUCCCUAAAGUUAACUAGCCAUAAGUAAGUAAUUAAUUUAAAAAAUGCUUACAUUCAAUGAAUCAGAAGGAUUUUGUAAUAUUCUGGUCACUUAUCAAGUGAGUUGAAGCUCCGAAUUUUAUUGGCAAUAUUACAGCAACAACAGGAUUGUAGCAAUGUUUCAAAAUCGCAUUGUUUUGAAUCAGCAUAAGAAAUUGUUAUAAUUUUCGCAGGCCCUAAUCAUGCACUACAUCCAUCCAAGUUGCUCUAUGGUGUCAAAUCUAUUAGGAGAGAUCCACCAGAAUUGCGUUCAAUCUAACUUUCUGUUGUCACUAUCGAAAGCGCAAUCUCAAGCAAGGGCUUCAAGUUCAAAUCGAGUUGAUACAAUUUUAUGAGAAUGUUGCCUGCAGUCGUGGUAUCAUUUAGUAUACCUGUUUUUUCUGGUAGGUUCAAAAAUUGCACUACAUACCACUGGCUCAAAAGUCCUACAAAAUGACUAUCCUUACGUAUUUUUCUCUAUUUCUUGAUAAUAAGAUUUUGGAAGUCGAUAAUAUGCUAUCAAUACAUGUGUAUUGCUUCAGUGUUAUAAAGUUAUUGCGCCUAUUUGGAAUCUGCUCAAUAUCAGUAUCAGUUUCCAAAAACGUAAAAACUGAAAGAAAGAAAGAGUUAUUUUGUAUUUUAAAAUUUGUUUUACAACUUUUUUAAGACAACAAUUUAUGAAUAAAGUCAGUUUGAUUUUUUUUCUUAAAAAA